AGACGUAUAGUUUUAUCAAUGUAUCUGUAGAUGUGUACAGUUACAUGUACAAUGUAUCGCAUUUUGCUCCUGAGAGGAUUUGUUUCCACUGCUGUAAUUCUGGUGGUAUGUGUCAUUGUUUCUGCCAGGGGAGCGUGCAGGAGAAAUGAAGAACAAAUUUGCUGCCCAGGAUAUUUCUAUGACAGAGCUUUAGAUGAAUGCAAAGAGUGUUUCCCGGGUUUCACUGGGAUAAACUGUUCCAUGGAAUGUCGUUAUCCAGCUUAUGGAAAGCAUUGCCAGAGAGAAUGCAACUGUUCUGAGGAAUAUUGUAAUUUGGCAACUGGAUGUGAAAAAAGAAAAAUUAUUCCUCGGGAUAGCAAUGUGUCAGAGAGUCCACUUUGGAUGUCUACCGAUAAAACCGAUAAAACACCACAAACUAAUCAGGGGCUUCAGACAACUCCCAUCCUCAUUGGAGCCAUAGUAUUCUUAUGUCUGAUACUGACCGCUGUCGCUGCAAGAUUUCUUUGGAAAAAGAUGACAGGUACCCGGUUGAUAAUGAGCAUAGGAGACUCGGAAAUGAGAACCACGGCGAUGGUCGGAGAAAUUGGUCAGGUGGACGAUAUGGUGGACCAUGAUUACGAAGACUUAGAUGAAGGGAAAAUCGGGAAAGACAACAUGAAGGAAAAGAAGGCAGCCUCAGAAAAUGACUAUGUUGAAUCGUUAGCCUUUGCGAAAAAGGAACAAAAUGCCAAUGAACGCGAAUCUAAACACUUCUAUGACGCUUUGAAAUUUAAUCUGAGUUUAGAAACAAUACAAUUGGUGGGUAAAGAAAUCAUGCAAUUCGAUUAUUUUAUGAAAAUUUACCGACAAAAGAGCAUUAUCUGUUCUUUUACAAUUUUCUGUUUCCUACCCGUAGUACCAGUAUCUUAUUCAACCCAACGAUGCAUUGGACGUGCACAAAAUGGAAAAUGCAGAGAAUGUCUUCCGGGAUACAUAGGAGAAAACUGUUCUCAUACAUGCCGAUAUCCAAGUUACGGCGAGGGCUGUCAACAUAUAUGUAAUUGUGACGUAACAUCCUGUAAUAUAGCCAGGGGGUGUUCACAGGCCACAGAAUGCCAGCCAGGUUACUUUGGCUUUAAUUGUAUCCAUCAAUGCCGGUAUCCAAAUUACGGAGUCAACUGCCAAUUGUUCUGUGUUUGUGAAAAACAGUUCUGCGACAUUACAACAGGAUGUAAAACUAUUUCAACACCAUACACGGUACAUACUAGCAUUAUACAGGGAUAUAAAACAACGGAUCAGCGAGCAACGACUGCAAACAAUACGUCAUAUCAAACCAUUCCAUUCCUGAAACACACACAAGAGCGCUCUAGGACACUUAAUGAAGAUUUGGACGUUGUAUCCGCUACAGGAAUUUCGAAAUACAAUACAAAAAAGGAAAUCAGAGUUUCAGAAAUCCUCAAGUCAGGAAUUCAGUCUACCCAAUCAGCAAACCUAUUGCACAAUAAAGGACCACCUGAAUAUACAGAUGCAAUGCCAUUAAUUCCAUUACUAAAAAGUCCUGCUAUCCUCAGCAUUCUAAUUGGAACUUCAGUCCUUCUUAUUUUUGUUGCAGUCAUCAUAGUUAAGUUAUGUAGAAGGGCGGGUUCAGGAAAUCAACUUGUGAAAGAGUUAGUCCCGGUGUAUUACGCUCCUGUAGAGGCACUUAGGCAUGACCAGAAAAUAGAACAACUGUCCUUUCCAAAGGAUGAUACGGUGGAUCGUCAGCUUUCUCAAAGUUCGGAAGAACGUCUUUAUGAAACAAUUGACACUGAGGCUAUGGAGUCAAUGAUGUAUGAACAGCAAUCGGAGGUAUCACAUUUGGAUAGCCCCCAGCAGUCAGUGGUAACUAUGGACCAUUGUCCUCAGCCUAUGGAAAACCCAGAGAAGGACGUUGACUCCGAGGGCUAUCAGCGCCCCUGCUCCUCGGGAAAAGGCUGCAAAAGAAUUGUUAGCACUGUUGAAAACAAUUACCUGACUGUGAUUUGAACAUAACGAUUGCUAUAAGCCAGUACUGCACAGGUUGAUUCAAAUGUUAGAUUUAAAAAAAAAAAAUCUUAUUUACAUGUACUUUAGAAUGAAUUUAGACAUGUAACUGAAUGCCCUUUACGUUAAAAAUGAAUAGGUACAAUGUAUAAAUUAUGUUGAAUAUGAGUAUAUUAUGUUUAUAGGACGGACAACAUACUUUUAAAAUGAAUAUGAAAUAUACUAAAAAUACUUGCAAUUCAGUCU